AUGCUGCGUGACAGAUUUGCCCACCUCCGGAUCCAAGACAGUGAUUCGGAUUCGGAUGAUGCACAUGAAAGAACGCAGCGUCCAGUACUGGAUGCUCCUAAUCUUGCAGUAGCAGGGACGGACCCUAUCAGACCUGUGCAUCAAGAUCCUAUCUUCCCCAAAUCAGAAAACCCACAAGUUCUUGUGCCACCGACGAGUGAUAUUAUGAGGAGAGAAGAGGUACCAAAUCCAUUUGAGAAAGAUUAUGUAAUAAAACAAGAAGCAACAGCUCCACCUGAUCAUGAGGUGAAUAUAAUAAAGACAUCAACAUCAUCUGAAAAAGAUAUUGCUAAUCAAAGUUGUAAACAAUCAUUCAAUGUUGCAAAUUCUCCUACACCACUUUCUGGUGGAUCAUUCCCUCAGGAUGUUCAAGAAAAAAGAGGUCCACCAAAAAGAAGAAGUAUUGACAGUUUCACUGGGUCAGAAAAAUCAAAACAUGGAAGAAAGGGAAGUGGUUCAGUAAACCAAUCAAUAACUGCCACCAAUGAGAAAGUAAAAUCAACUGGACAGUUAUCUUCUGCUAAAGAAUCUUUAUUAGAGGAGCAAACUCAGGGACAAAAUAUCAAUGUAAAAAUGAGUAAUCAAAAAGAAGACAAUCGUAAAGAAGAAGUUUCUUCCUUAGUAGGGGAACUACAAGGCGUAAUAGCUGAAGAAGGAACGAAGAAAAACAGCAACUCAAACAACUUGCAGGUUCAACCGUUCUCUACACCUAUGAUGGAUUCUAAUACAAAUGAGGUAAAAAUGAUUUUGUCAGAAAAAUAUUGGGAGAAAACCUAUGGAUUUGAUCCAUCUAAACGUGGUUUACCGUUAUUUGUGGCUGUUGAACAUUGUCCACCCAAAAAUCCAGGAGCUUCAUCAAGGUUACCACAACGUAACUCUUUGCGAGUGGCUUCUGAAGGUCCAAGUUCUAUACGGUCAAGCCAAAAUAGAAGUACAAAGAAUUCUAUGCUUACCGCAGAGGAUGAUCUAUUUAUUCCUGACGAAUUGCACCCUACUACCCAUAAUGAUACGGUUCAACAAGAAGGAUCUGCUUUAAUUGUAGAGGAUAUUCCCGUAACAUGUGCUGAUGGAAACAAUAAAGUUGAUGUGCUUAAUAAUACAGAUCUUGCUCUGAACGCAGAGGGUGUAGGAAAUGAUGUAAAAAGAGACUCUAUAAAGGAAUGUAAGAGUUCUGUUCAUGGUUCAGUAUGUGAACAAGUUUCAUUUAAGAAGAAUCAGGAUGAUCCUUUCGGAGAUGGCGAUGUGAACAAUGAACAAGAACCUAAUGCCUCAAAGGAAGAGAAGAACAUUCAAAGGCUUCCCUCAAGGAAUGAAAAUUCCACUGAUUUAUCAAAGGUUUUGGGCUCAGAUCAAAGUGGAAAUUUAAUCCAGAAGGAUGAAAAUGAUCAAAAUCUUGAAAAGAGUAAUUUGAGUCUUUCUGAUGUAAAGAUCAAUGCUACGGUAAAAGAGAACUUAUCGAAUGACGCUUCUCCUGGUGCUUCCGCAGAAAAGGACAAAAAUGUAAAACGAGAUUCACAAAAUUUACAGUUAGGGAACGGAAAUAUAGAAGAAAACGGAGGGGUUAUAAACAUGACUCCACUUACUAUCGGCAAUCUUGGAAAGCUUAAUGGGAAUGAAUCAGGAAUAGUAGAAGUAGAAGAGGAAAAUGGUGAUAUCUCAUACUCUGAAUCAUCAUUGUUUAUGUCAUGUAUUUCUAUGCCAACCGCCGAUAUGAGAGAAAUUAUGCGAGACCGGAAGUUAUCAAAAGAGGGUAUGAAAGCAAUUUAUCGUCAGAAGAACCAAGGAAGGUUACAGGAAUCAAUCAUACCACCUUUUCACAGACGCCUUCUUCUUGACAUGGAAGAGAUAAGGGAACGAGAUAGGAGGAUAGUAGCACGUUCUAUAGAGGAGUAUACAUUUCAACCGAAAACAAGUGGAAGACGUGCCAGUCGGUUACCACAACGUCUGCAGAAAUCAUUUGGAGCAGCAGCAGCGGCACCACCACCACCACCAGAAACCGUAACGGAAUUGAGAGCAGCAUCUCAAGAGCGCUCACGGAGUACAUCACGCCGCAAGUUGGAAGCGAAACCCUUACCAACAUUUAAACCAGAAAUUUCAAAAUAUGCGAGAGAAACACAGCGCUCUGCUAUUCCUUAUCAUGAACGCCUAUAUACUCCUAAACCAGCUUCUCCGGGAGAUGGAACUGGUCUAUCUAAUAGUCAUUCACCACAAGGUUCGCCCCGUAUGGCGGACUUGAUUGAAGGUUCAAAUUCUCAACUUUUUCGUCCUGACAUUUCUCCCAGGGCUAGAGCGAUAGAGAAUGGAAAUCCGUUUCACCAUCGACUUUAUCCAUCAAGAGAAGAAUUAGAGCGACGACGUGCGAAAAGUCAAUCCCCACCUGUAUCUCCCCGUCGAUCAUCACCACAACGUGGUAAUGUUCAAAUAUCUCCACGUCUAUUGGAGCGUCCUGUACCACCAGAUGUACCUUCAUACCCAUUCCAUCCAGAAAUUUCACCUCGGGCCAAAGUUAUUGAAAAUUCUCGUCCCUUUCACCAGCGACUUUAUCCAGAAAAAGAAAUUCUUCAACGUCGAGCAGCAAGUCAAUCCCCACCUGUAUCUCCCCGUCGAUCAUCACCACAACGUGGUCCUGUUCAAAUAUCUCAACGUCUAUUGGAUCGCCCUGCACCACCACCAGAUACAACCACGUACUCAUUCCGUCCAGAAAUUUCACCUCGGGCAAGAUCUAUUUCUCGUCAGGGACCAUUUUACGAACGAUUGUAUCAAACGAAGGAAGAAAAAGAACACCAAGAGGAACUUCAACAAGAGUAUAAUGCUGCUUUUAUCCCUUCUUUUCAUCCAAAUAUUACUGAACGAGGUCAACGUGCGUACGAAAACGAUGAUGGGGUAAGACGAAACGUUGUAAAACGUCUAUCAAAACCCAAGGAAAUACAUCCACCUCCUCUUGAUCCUUCUCUUUCCUUUCACCCUGUGAUUACGUCGAAAGCUAGAGUGAAAAAGACAAGGAAUUCAAACUCAGAUCCACAAUUAUUAAUUAAUGGGACAGGUGCGUAUUGA